CCCCGAUGGGUCACGCGUAUAUAUAAACUCUCCGGACACUGUGGUGCACAUCUCGUAAACGUUCCCCUCUCAAGCCGGACUUUUACGAUCUUCUCCUUCUCCCGCUUGUUGGGCUUUCCAGCCAACUAAAGCAGCUUCGACUUGCCGAUCGCUCGUCAUUCGGUUCUCCGGUCUCGAACUCUGUCGACCUCCUCGAAUCGCGCACCAUGUAUCACCCGAACCGGGCUGUGCCGAUCGCCUUUGCGGCUCUAGUGGCCUUCUCCUGCUGUUUUGCCGCCGUGCUUGGCGAGGAUAAGCUCAACGUCGACGUGUACUACGAGACCCUGUGCCCGGACAGCAUGUACUUUAUCACCAAACAACUGACACCAGCCUUCAACGGAGGCCUCAAGGAUCACUUGAACGUCAAUUUGGUUCCGUUCGGCAAGGCAUCGUGGACGGAGGAAGGGAAUAAUGUCCACUCGUCGUGCCAGCACGGGCCGAUGGAAUGCCACGGCAACAAGAUCCACGCGUGUGCGAUCUACGAGAUCGAGAACACCGUCAAGCCCGAAGACCAGCAGCAAAGAAUGAUCGACUUUGUCGGUUGCGCCAUGACGAGUUUCGAUCCCGAGGCUGCUUUGAAGCAGUGCGCCCAAACUCAGGGUUUCAACGACGAGUUCGUCAAAAACGUCGAAAACUGUAGCAACUCCAAGCAGGGCGACGACUUGUUCAUGAAACACGGCCAAAAGACCAAGGGCUUCCAGUCGCCCCUCGAGUUCGUCCCGUCCAUCGUCAUCAAUGGGGAAAAGAGUAGCGAGGCCUUCCGAAACUUUACCGGCGUGGUCUGCUCGCAAAUACCGGGCGGCAAUCAAGUACCGAUUUGCAAACAGUAGAGCCCAAGGCAUCCACACAAUUGCAGAGUCCAAGAUACACGAGCCGAGGCGCAAAUAACAUGACGUGUCAUCACUUUGUUUUUAAUUAUACAUAUAUUAUAAAUCAGUAUAAAACCAACCGAUAGUAUAAUACUUGAGUUUCGCAGUUUAUCAACGCUCUGUUCCAAUCUGACCUAGAUAAUGUAUUUACAAAUGUACAAAACAAAAAAACAAAAAAAUCAAAGAAAUAAGAAAAGAAAAAUCAAAAAAAUCAAGUAAUCUAAAUCUACGCACAUAUAAGUAUUUUUCUAUACAACGCCAUAAGUACCUAUACAAAUGUACGAAACACCGAUUGAUUUUAUCAUGAUCGUCAUAAAAGUAAUCUUGGUUCAAAUCA